GCGAAGUGCAAAACAUGCCAGAGGGAAAUCAUUAAAAGCAGUUCUAGGAUAAACUGAGAUUAAGAGUAGACCAAGUUCUAGGCAAAUGGUCUUGGCACCUAGUCAACCCUUAAGUGAAAGUCCCUAUACAUCUAGUAAAGGAUUCACGUUGUUAGACCUUCGUUUUGAAUUGGACUAGGAGUAAGGGUGGUCAUCUGAGGGAACAUUUCUCUAAAAAUGUGCUGGAAUUGUUGUUUACACUCUUCCUGGUUCCUUUGGAGACCUGUACGCAAAGAUGGAAAAGUACAUCGGGAUGGCAGCGCUGAAGUUGAUGACAAGGCCCACCUCACGGCUUGUGCGGAGGAAAACGAAAACGGCUGCACUUAUGGGACAUACGACGGCGUGGUCACUCACGACUUGGUGUCCGUAACUCCCCGGGUUAUUUCUAAAAGCUACGAUGAAAGGGCCGAUGAUUUGGCAAGUGCAAAUGACCUAUCAGAGGAUACUUCCGAAAGCCUCAUCAGCCCAGAUGUCAAAUCUGACAACAUGUCGUCAAGCCCGUCAGAAGAUACUUCCGAAAGCGUCAUCAACCCAGAAGUAAAGAUUGACAACAUGUCAAGCCCUUCAGAGGAUAUUUCCGAAAGCCUCAUCAACCCAGAAGUAAAGUAUGACAACAUGUCAUGCCCAUCGGAAGAUACUUCCGAACGCCUCAUCAACCCAGAAGUCAAGUCUGACAACAUGUCGUCAAGCCCGUCAGAGGAUAUUUCCGAAAGCCUCAUCAACCCAGAAGUAAAGAUUGACAACAUGUCAUGUCCAUCAGAGGAUAUUUCCGAAAGCCUCAUCAACCCAGAACUCAAGUCUGACAACAUGUCGUCAAGCCCGUCAGAGGAUAGUUCUGAAAGCCUCAUCAACCCAGAACUCAAGUCUGACAACAUGUCAAGCCCGUCAGAGGAUAUUUCCGAAAGCCUCAUCAACCCAGAAGUAAAAUAUGACAACAUGUCAUGCCAAUCAGAAGGUACUACCGAAAGCCUUAUCAACCCAGAAGUAAAGAUUGACAACAUGUCAAGCCCGUCAGAAGAUACUUCCGAAAGCCUCAUCAACCCAGAAGUCAAGUAUGACAACAUGUCGUCAAGCCCGUCAGAGGAUAUUUCCGAAAGCCUCAUCAACCCAGAAGUAAAGAUUGACAACAUGUCAUGUCCAUCAGAGGAUACUUCCGAAAGCCUCAUCAACCCAGAAGUCAAGUCUGACAACAUGUCGUCAAGCCCGUCAGAGGAUAGUUCUGAAAGCCUCAUCAACCCAGAACUCAAGUCUGACAACAUGUCAAGCCCGUCAGAGGAUAUUACCGAAAGCCUCAUCAACCCAGAAGUAAAGAUUGACAACAUGUCAAGCCCGUCAGAAGAUACUUCCGAAAGCCUCAUCAACCCAGAAGUCAAGUCUGACAACAUGUCGUCAAGCCCGUCAGAGGAUAGUUCUGAAAGCCUCAUUUACCCAGAAGUCAAGUCUGACAACAUGUCAAGCCCGUCAGAGGAUAUUUCUGAAAGCCUCAUCAACCCAGAAGUAAAGAUUGACAACAUGUCAAGCUCAUCAGAAGAUACUUCCGAAAGCCUCAUCAACCCAGAAGUCAAGUAUGACAACAUGUCGUCAAGCCCGUCAGAGGAUAUUUCCGAAAGCCUCAUCAACCCAGAAGUAAAGUAUGACGACAUGUCAUGCCCAUCAGAAGAUACUUCCGAAAGCCUCAUCAACCCAGAAGUCAAGUAUGACAACAUGUCGUCAAGCCCGUCAGAGGAUAUUUCCGAAAGCCUCAUCAACCCAGAAGUAAAGUAUGACGACAUGUCAUGCCCAUCAGAAGGUACUACCAAAAGCCUCAUCAACCCAGAAGUCAAGUAUGACAACAUGUCGUCAAGCCCAUCAGAAGAUACUUCCGAAAGACUCAUCAACCCAGAAGUAAAGAUUGACAACAUGUCGUCAAGCCCGUCAGAGGAUAUUUCCGAAAGCCUCAUCAACCCAGAAGUAAAGAUUGACAACAUGUCGUCAAGCCCGUCAGAGGAUAUUUCCGAAAGCCUCAUCAACCCAGAAGUAAAGUAUGACGACAUGUCAUGCCCAUCAGAAGGUACUACCGAAAGCCUCAUCAACCCAGAAGUAAAGAUUGACAACAUGUCAAGCCCGUCAGAAGAUACUUCCGAAAGCCUCAUCAACCCAGAAGUCAAGUAUGACAACAUGUCAUGCCCAUCAGAAGAUACUUCCGAAAGCCUCAUCAACCCAGAAGUAAAGUAUGACGACAUGUCAUGCCCAUCAGAAGGUACUACCGAAAGCCUCAUCAACCCAGAAGUAAAGAUUGACAACAUGUCAAGCCCUUCAGAAGAUACUUCCGAAAGCCUCAUCAACCCAGAAGUCAAAUAUGACAACAUGUCGUCAAGCCCGUCAGAGGAUAUUUCCGAAAGCCUCAUCAACCCAGAAGUAAAGUAUGACGACAUGUCAUGCCCAUCAGAAGGUACUUCCGAAAGCCUCAUCAACCCAGAAGUCAAGUCUGACAACAUGUCGUCAAGCCCGUCAGAGGAUAUUUCCGAAAGCCUCAUCAACCCAGAAGUAAAGUAUGACGACAUGUCAUGCCCACCAGAAGGUACUACCGAAAGCCUCAUCAACCCAGAAGUAAAGAUUGACAACAUGUCAAGCCCGUCAGAAGAUACUUCUGAAAGCCUCAUCAACCCAGAAGUCAAGUCUGACAACAUGUCGUCAAGCCCGUCAGAGGAUAUUUCUGAAAGCCUCAUCAACCCAGAAGUCAAGUCUGACAACAUGUCAAGCCCUUCAGAGGAUAUUUCCGAAAGCCUCAUCAACCCAGAAGUAAAGAUUGACAACAUGUCAAGCUCAUCAGAAGAUACUUCCGAAAGCCUCAUCAACCCAGAAGUCAAGUAUGACAACAUGUCGUCAAGCCCGUCAGAGAAUAUUUCCGAAAGCCUCAUCAACUCAGAAGGAAAGAUUGACAACAUUUCAAGCCCAUCAGAAGAUACUUCCGAAAGCCUCAUCAACCCAGAAGUAAAGUAUGACAACAUGUCACGCCCAUCAGAUAGUACUUCCGAAAGCCUCAUCAACCCAGAAGUCAAGUCUGACAACAUGUCGUCAAGCCCGUCAGAGGAUAUUUCCGAAAGCCUCAAUAGCCCUGAGGUAAAGAUUGACAACAUGUCAUGCCCAUCAGAAGGUACUUCCGAAAGCCUCAUCAACCCAGAAGUCAAGUCUGACAACAUGUCGUCAAGCCCGUCAGAGGACAUUUCCGAAAGCCUCAAUAGCCCUGAGGUAAAGAUUGACAACAUGUCAAGCACAUCAGAUGAUAUUUAUAAACCAAUAUCUGACAGCAAGUCUAGCCAAGAAGUGGUCACUGAAAGUAUGGUACCAACGGAAGAGUCUUCACACGAAAUCGAUGCAAGUUCAGAGAAAUCUUCGAACACAUCAGACUCGGAUCUUUUUUCGGAUCUUCUUGGUCUUACGAAAUACACGUUAGAAGAACUUCGAUACUGGCACAAGAUGUUCAUGUUGCAAAAUCCCGAUGGCAUGAUGGGGAAGGAAGGCGUCGAGGGAAUGUUCCAGGAAAUGUUCCCGGGAGGAAACUCAACACAAUUUGCCGAUAACGUCUUCAGGUCGUACGACACAAACGGGGACGGCUAUGUGAGUUUCAAGGAGUUCAUGAUCGGAAUCUCGGUGACGUCACGCGGAACUGUGGAAGAGAAGUUGGAUUGGGCGUUUGCAAUUUACGAUGUUGAUGGCAGUGGUAACAUUGACCAGGAGGAAGCGCUUGAUAUCGUUCUGAGCGUUCAGGACAUGCAGGGAAAGUCCAACACAAAGAAAGCUGAGAAGUUUGUUAGAAAGAUGUUCCGUAAAUUUGACGACAAUCACGACGGACGGUUGACGAAAGAAGAGUUCUUCGAUGUGUAUGGUAGAGACACUUCAUUUGUGAAUCUCCUUGAAUGGGACGGUUAGGGGUGUCGCAGAGACGCAUCAUUUCUCAAUCUUCUUGAAUGGGUCGUUGAGGGGUGUGACAGAGAUACGGCAUUCGUCAAUCUCCUUGAAUGGGACGGUUAAGGAUGUGGCAGAGACGCGUUAUUUGUCAAUCUCCUUGAAUGGGACGGUUAAGGAUGUGGCAGAGACGCGUAUUUUGUCAACCUCCUUGAAUGGGACGGUUAGGGGUGUCGCAGAGACACUUCCUUUCUCCAUAUCCUUGAAUGGGACCGUUAGGAGUGUGGCAAUGUGACGGGGCAAGGUUAAGGCUAUAUUAAUGUAUGGGUCUGGCCACCAAAACAAAGCAAAACAAAAACUAUGUAGAAAAUGUAUUUAGAAAGUGUGUAUUAAGAUGAAAGCAAAGAAACAAAACAAUAUCUAUGCACAAUUAAUCACUUCAUUUAAUAACCUCUCACGAUCCCCUCUCCUUGCCCUGUGUGUAAUACACGGCUUGACCACGCUAUUGUGGAGGCCUUAAUAAUGUUUCGGCUGAUGAUGCUUGCUUUUUGUCCAAUAGGCAGGUUUCGCAAUGCGUACGACCGAAGACGUACUCAGUGCGAAGAUCUGUUAUGUCUGCUAAUUCGUAAAUCAUUCUUGAACUCAGGUUGGAGCAGAGUCUUUCAAAUUUGAAAGGGGCGUUAGAACACAUUAUACUGACCUCGGUUCCAGCUAUGUCUUAAUUUUUUUGUUGAAAAAUCGUGCAAUGAUUGACCGCCGGGAAUUGGACACGAACUACCCCUGGAAGAACUCGUAAUUCGUCAAGGCCUACCUUACCUGAUCAAAAGUGCUGGCCCAGGUAUCAUAAACCUUCAUCACUUCUUCGCUGGAGAUCCCUUUCCGUGUGAGAUCGUGAAUCGCGGUUACGACGUCCUGGCAACUGGAAUCGAAAAUGCUACAGACAUGUUUCCGAUCAGCGAGGCCAAAGACUUUUGUAGAAGACACCAAGGGAAACUUUGACCGAAGCUCCUGCUUAGUGUAUCAGGUUUACAAUCUUUGGUUUUGGCAAUGACUAUUGAUAGAAUCCAAUCGAUCGUUUUUGGUAUUAUCAGAUCUUACAUGUACGUGACCUAGAUGUUGGUGUGGGGUGAGUCGGGGCAGCCAAAAGGUUGUAUUCAUCAUGGCAAGCGACAUAUUUACAAUACAACUGAUGAAAUAUAGUUGAUUCUAAAUCAUUGACGAAUUCUUUAUCGAAAUCAUUCAAAUUUUUUAUUUUUUGCAAAUUCAGUUUACUAGUAAUUUGCCUAAAUACACGUAAUGAUAUUGGACAUAUUUAUUGGUUUCAUCACUGACCCUUUUGAAGUCUUUUUUGCCACAGAAGAGGUUUUAACAAUCUCAACAACUGUUUAGGGUCUCAUUUUACCAAAGUAGCCCUCUAUGGUGUGCCUAUUUGUGUGGACCAAAAAACCGUUUAAAGAGUCAUUUUAGAAGCUCAAAAACCUUUGUUUCUAUGAUUGUACUUUAUUCAAACAGAAUGUCUAGAUUCAAACUGCCUGGCUCGAAAUAGCGUUCGUCCGUUACUGCUAACACACAUUAUUUCAUACGAAUAAUAUGUUUCACAAAUAAUUGAUAGUCCCCAGAGAAAUUACUACAGAGACUAUGAUAAGAUUAUUUCAAAAUGUCUAUCUCAUCCGACCCCUGGGUUUAAAUCAUAUAAUUAUUCCAUUUCUAAAUUUAAUGAUCUCCUAACGCGCUCACUCAUGUAGUCUUCUGUCUCCUGGGUCACAUACAUUCACUUUGAAAAGAACACACUCA